AUGCCCUUCUUCCCCGAAGCCUUUACAGAAGGCCUCUCCGUCCCCUCGAGCGGCCACCAUCGCCGCUCCUCCUCGCGCCACCGCACCAGCAAGCGUCGCCGCUCCCGCUCCAGCUCCCGCGAUCGCGACCGCGGCUCCGGCAACUUUGUCAGCGACUUCUUUGGCAAGGACAGCUCCUACAACAAGCACAAUGCCUCGCGCGGCUCCUUUUUCGGCCUCCCUCUAGGCAAUACUUCACGCGGCAGCCUCUUUGGUUUCGGCGGCGGCAACUCGCGCUCCUCGUACUACAAGCGCUCCCCCCGCAAGGGCUUCAUGCAGCGAUCCUACAAGCAGCUGAAGCGCCUCAUCCGCGACCUCUUACACUGGUUCAAGCGCCACCCCUGGAAGGUCUUCUUCAUGGUCAUCAUGCCCCUCGUCACUGGCGGCGCCCUCACCGCCCUCCUCGCACGCUUCGGCCUGCGCAUGCCCCCGUCCCUCGAGCGCGCGCUGGGCAUGGCCUCGCGCGCCGCCUCCGGUGACGGCUUCGGCUUCGUCAGCGACGCCAUGCGCAUGGCUGGCGGCGGCCCUGGUGCUGGUGCCGGCGCUGCCCGCGGCGGUUUCGCAAGCGCCAGCUAUGACCGUUAUUCUCGCGGCGGCGGCGGCGGCGGCGGCGGCAGCUUUGACGCUUUCGAGGGCUUUGGUCGCGCCAGGAGCCAUGGCGGUGGCGGCGAGGACUGGUCCAGUGGCCUUGUAAACGGCGUCGCCAAAAUGUUCAUCUGA